AUGCAAGACCCAAACACGCCUACACUCAAUUACGACGUUCUCCUGGACGUAGUCCGCUCCCUCGAUCCGUGGAAUGACACUUCCAGGUCUGGGCGACCCGAUGCGGUCAAACUCAGAGCGUUAGCGCGCACGGCUCGCUCUUGCAGAGCAUUGUCUGGUAUUGCACUGGACGUCUUGUGGCGGAAGCUGGAUGACAUUGGGAACCUCCUCGCGUUGCUAUCCGCGUUCAUGUUCUUCGACUUCGUAAAAGCCGAAGACAGAGUGGCCAUCGAUACAGAUACUGAGAUUACGUUCAAGCCGCUUUGGCUGUUGGGGGAGGAGAUUUUACCAGAAGAGUGGACGCGUUUCAAACAAUAUGCACGUCGCGUCCGCAUUCUGACCAGGCUCGGACCUUCCAAACUGGAGCCUGCAGCUCUCGUACAACUCUUCCGACUCACUGAGGGUAAACCGCUGCUUCCGAAUAUCGAAGAGAUCGAAUACCAGGAGUGGCAUGCCUUCGAUCCGUCCAUCCUCUUUCUCGUAGCACCAUCGCUUCGUGUCCUGCGCGUAAAUAUCUGGCGCAACACCGUCGCUCGCAAUCCACAACAUAAAAGGACAAAUUUAGCCCUCAAUUUAGUCUUGCGCCGCUCCAGUGGUGCUUUGGAGGAUCGCGAUGUCUCACUCACAGAUGUACCCCUUCUGUUUGGUCUGCCCUCAGACCUUCUUCCGCGUAAUCAGUGCAACAACCUGACGCGCGCCGUAUUCGACAGCUGGGAGCCUCUUGUGGACUUCAAUCUGCUUCGCGGUUUAGCGUCUUUGCCAAAUCUCAUUGACCUAUCCCUCUCCCUUCAUCGUAAAGACGAGAUGUCGGAUUACCUCCGUGCUCACCAACCGUUCCAGUCAUUGCGCAAAUUACGGUUGUAUGGCUCAGCAACGCAGUUGGCACAAUUCCUCGAGGCCAAGGCGGUCUCUGCUCCACAUCUUCAUUUUCUCGAGUUCAAAAUUGAAUGGUACAUAGGUCGCACCCCGGAGCUGUGCCACCGCUGCGCGACCGCAAUUUGUGCCAAUUACAGCGCAUCUUUGCGUGAGAUCAAGAUGGGCACACCCAGGGGUUCGCAUUCAAACGGGGAUUCCCUACCGGAAGGUCCUUUUCUCACCGCAUUCGAACCUCUACUGGACAUGCACGAUCUCGAGAGAGUACAUCUAAGGGCACAUCACGAAGAGCUCCACAGGAUGGCGGAAGCGUGGCCUAUGCUGACAGAUCUUCGACUGGAGGUGCCCCAUCCCAGCUCGUUCGUAUCCCCCGCCAGCGUCCUCUACCUCGCCAACCAGUGCCUGAAUUUGCGCACACUUUCUCUUCCUUCAUUCAGCGACAACUUCUAUGGUCUGAAGUCGGAGGGUACAGAAUACGUGCCGCUGUUUCCCGGCUUCGUCGACCGCCCAUUUCCUUGCCUCGACCUUGAUCGCUGUGUCUUCCAAGCAUCAGCUCGAGUAGGACUGUUCAAGGAUUGCCAUGCGAUGAUCGAUGCGCUCAAGAAAUUGUGGUUGACGAGGCUGUUGCGUAGGGUGUUCGAAUACGAGGCGAGUGCGACACCCAUAGAUUUGUAG